GAAACCAUUCGCACAGCGUUGGCCAUGGGAGCGGACAGAGGCAUCCACGUUGAGGUUACUGGCAAGGAUUACGAGACCCUGGGCCCCCUGCAGGUCUCCAAGAUCAUGGCAGCCCUUGCCAAGAAGGAGGAGGCAAAGCUCGUCAUCCUUGGAAAACAGGCCAUCGAUGAUGACUGCAACCAGACUGGUCAGAUGACAGCAGCCUUGUUGGACUGGCCCCAGGGCACGUUUGCUUCCGAAGUCACAAUAGAGGGGGACAAGAUGAAGGUGGUGAGAGAGGUUGAUGGGGGGCUGGAGACCAUUAAAAUCAACAUGCCAGCAGUGGUGACUGCAGACCUGCGUCUCAACACACCCAGAUACGCCACCUUGCCCAAUAUCAUGAAAGCCAAGAAGAAGAAGAUCGCAAGUAUGAAGCCUGCAGACCUCGGGGUGGACCUGACGUCGCGCAUCGAGAUCCUGAGGGUGGACGACCCCCCCCAGAGAGAGGCUGGGGUGAAGGUGGAGACUGUGGAGGACCUGGUCACCAAACUCAAGGAGACGGGCAGGAUCUAGACGCCGCAUGACCACAUGUGAGCACAGAGACGUAGCAUGGGUGCAACCAGGACAGAUUCUCCUCAAGUUCAUUGUGAUGUCACCAACUCCUCCUGACUCCACCUCCAUGGCCCCCUCUACGUGUGGCUCCGCCUCCCAGUCUUUCUGUGGCAGUAAUGUAAGAUAUUGAGAAGGUGCUGAGAGAUCCCGUCUUCUUGAAGACUGCCUUUUGUCAAUAGUGUUUUAUUUUUAUCUAUAAAUAAAGCUGCUUUUCUACCAGGUAAUGCACUAUUGCUGUGUGUAUGAGUUGAUGGACUAAGAGGUGAUUUUGCACUCUUUUUGAGCAGACAUUCAUCAGCCCUAUAAUUCCAUUCUCCUCUGGUGCCUGACUGUAGAUGUAUUGUAAUGAAUACUUCAGUAUUUUGAAUGUUAGAAAAAGUUCAAACCUGUUAUGAUCAUCUCACCCCUGAAGUUCAUAGUGUAAGCUGUGUAAUUUCCAUAUUAAGUUAUGUGUUCAACGUGGACCCAGGAGGUACUGUGCAUGACUAAGCACUUAUAUGAUUAGGGCAAUCUUGACUAGAUUGUUUCUCUCAGCAACGAGAUGCAUGAAAGAGGGAUUUAAGAAACACACAAAAAAAAAUUACAAAAAAUACCGCAAGCGCCUCGUAACUGUUCUCUGAUUGUACAGAAAGCAUCCAGAAGAAUAAAACUCUGUUUUUCCUUA